AUGUGGGCGGCCUGGUACGCCUACAUGCAGAACGACGUCCUCGCCACCGGCAUCAUGUCCUUUGUCAUGCACGAAGUUGUGUACUUUGGCCGCUCGUUUCCCUGGAUGAUUAUCGACCGUCUGCCGUACUUCAACCGCUACAAGAUCCAAAGCCAUAAAAUCCCGACCCUGCAGGAACAGUGGAAUUGCGCCAAACUCGUCCUUCUCAGCCACUUUACAGUCGAGCUGCCUCAGAUAUGGCUAUUCCACCCAAUGGCGCAGUACUUUGGAUUAGAGACGACGGUUCCCUUCCCUCCGCUGUGGAAGAUGGCCUACCAGAUCGCCAUCUUCUUCGUGCUUGAAGACACCUGGCACUACUUCUCUCACCGGGCUUUCCACUGGGGCCCGCUCUACAAGUCCGUCCACAAGAUUCACCACCAGUACUCUGCUCCCUUUGGCCUCGCCGCCGAGUACGCCUCUCCCAUCGAGGUCAUGGCCCUGGGUUUCGGAACCGUUGGCUGCCCCAUCCUCUGGUGCGCCCUGACCGGUGACCUACACAUCCUCACCAUGUACAUCUGGAUCGUCUUCCGCCUCUUCCAGGCAAUCGACGCCCAUAGCGGCUACGAAUUCCCCUGGAGCUUGCACCACUUCCUCCCCUUCUGGGCCGGUGCCGACCACCACGACCUCCAUCACGAGAAGUUCGUUGGCAACUAUGCCAGCAGCUUCAGAUGGUGGGACUACCUACUCGACACCGAGUACGACCCCGCCGCCCUGCAGAGGAAGAGAGAACAGAAGGCUAAGAAGGCCCAGUAG